AUGCAUUGCAGUGGUGUGCUUCUAUCAAUGUACUUCAUAGCGAAUUUUGUCGUGCCAGGUAUCCUUACCAACACUUUCGGAUAUGAUAAGUCGAACGAAGAGCAAAAGGACGACGAAGAUGAUGAAAAUGAUGAAAUAGAAAAUGAAGAGGGACAUGAUAAAUUAAACGAAGAGCAAAAGGAUGACGAGGAAGAUGAAGAUGGAGCAGAUGAAGAAUAG